AUGGUGGAGAGUGGUUUUACGCUGGCGAUCGUGACCGAGCCCCACCGCCCCCCGAGGCGCAGCCCAUACUGGGCUGUCGAUAACGGGCGGGCGGGGGACUCGGUCGCGAUACGAUGGCGGUCCGUGCCGGGUGGUCCCGACACGGCCGCCAUUGAACGAGGUGAGCGGCAUGUGGUCGUUCAAUGGGGGCCCAUCGCGGUCGUGGGGGUCUAUCUAAGGCCCACCAGGAGCCUUGCCCCGUUCAAGGACUGGCUAUUGGACAUAGGGCAGACGGUCCUACGUCUGAGUCCAAGGCCGGUCCUCGAUGCCGGGGACUUCAACGCGUAG